UACAUGUAAGAAAUAUCUUUUUCAAGAGAAAGGGAUACAUGAAGGCUCACUUACGACAAGCUGAUGUUCAAGAUAAGAAAUAUCUUUUUCAAGAGAAAGGGAUACAUGAAGGCUCCCUUAUGACAAGCUGAUGUUCAAGAUCUUAAAUUUUUAGUGCACUUCAUUUUUUUUCACAAGAAGAAAGAAAGCCUUUCUUUCUAAAAAUAUCAGAAAACAAUUCUAAAGUUUUGAUCAUGAAGAAAGAGAACUGGACCUGUUUGACUGAAAUUGUCCUAUUAGGCUUCUCAGAUUUUCAGUCUAUGCGAGAGCUUCUCUUUUGCCUGGUUCUAAUAUUCUACCUCAUGGCUUUGAUGGGCAACAGCAUGAUUUUGAUCCUCACCAUUUUCAAUCGUUCCCUUCACACCCCAAUGUACUUCUUCCUCUGGAACUUGUCCUUUGUGGAAAUUGGCUACACCUCCUCCAUCAGCCCAAAGACCCUAGUAAAUUUGUUAUCAGACAACCAGAAUAUAUCCUUUUGGGGUUGUGAAUGUCAAAUGUGUUUCUUCAUUCUCUUUGGUAUUACUGAGUGUUGUCUUCUUUGUUUUAUGGCAUAUGACCGCUACAUUGCCAUUUGCAAACCCUUGCAAUACCCAUUUAUCAUGAACCUCAGGGAAUGUGCUAAGCUUGCUGCUGCAUCAUGGGCCAUUGGAGUUUCUGUGGGUCUGGGGCAAUCUAUUUCAAUCUUCACCCUUCCCUUCUGUGGGUCAAAUAGAAUCAGCCAUUUCUUCUGUGAUCUUAUGCCUGUUCUGAGACUGGCUUCCACCAAUACCUACAAAAAUGAGGUGGCCAUUGUCACAAUAACAGUUCUAAUUAUACUGGUACCUCUUUUGCUCAUCCUUCUUUCCUACAUCCUCAUCAUUUCCACUAUUCUCACAAUGCCACUGGCCAAAAACAGACGCAAAGCAUUUUCCACUUGUUCCUCACAUCUCACUGUGGUCUGCAUUUUCUACGGAACCUGCAUUGUUACCUACAUUCAUCCCAACUCAGAAUAUUCCAUGGACAGUAGCAGAUUCCUUGCUCUGCUCUACACAGUGGUGACCCCAAGUUUAAAUCCCAUCAUUUACAGCUUGAGGAAUAAAGAAAUAAAAGCUGCUUUCAUGAAAUCUGUAGCAAGAAAAGAGAUGUUCUUUAUGGGAUAAUACUAGUAUAUCCAUAGACUUGAUGCCUUUAACACAUUGCGGUGGUUGUGCACAAUGAAGUCCAGGGAAUACCAGUGGAAGAUUGCACCCUUUACAGCAGAAUGACCCAGAUAGAUUUAUUUAAAACAAGGAGAGCCCUGAAAGGUAACCUAAGUUUAUCAUUGUGGUAGAAUUCAAAUAAAUGUUGAUUGCCCAUUUAUUUAAAAGGAAAAAAAGUCUGCCAGACUGCCCAGAAAGUUUAAAGAAAAAAGGGGGGGAUGGAGAGAUAAAAAUCCUUUCAAGAUAUAAAUAGCAAUUGGGGUGUGACUAUGAAACAAUGGGGAAGACUACCAAGACAAGUUUUUUUUUUUAAUAGAAGGCAAUAUUCCAUGAACACAUACUGUAUAUAGUGAGUUACAAUCUUUUGUUUUCCCAGAGCUCUUUUCAUCUUGGGCUAUCUUGUCCUUCUCCAAGUUUACUAUCAUUCUUUGGCUUUGCAAAGAUUUAUUCCUGAGCUGACAGUUACUCUGGAAAAGUGUUUUUGUAGAUGAGAUGAUUGCAUAAUUUGAAAUUACACAGCUGUGCCAGUGCUUUAUUUUUGCUUGGAAGAUAUAUUGGCUGAGCAGCUUCCAACCUAAGCUGCAGAAAUACUAGCAUGGGAAACUUACUACUUUCAUGGAAAGGGAGAUAUAGGGACAUCAGACAGUAUUAUUUGUUCAAGUACUGUGAGGACCCAGAUUGUUGGGGGCAAUAGGCUGACUCUGUAAACUGCUUAGAGAGGGCUGUAAAUCAGUGUGAAGCCAUAUAUAAGUGUAAGUGCUAUUGCUAUUGCAACAUAUACAACUGAGCAAUGAAUUCACAAAUGUACCACAUAGAAACUUUAAACUUUGAUUUUUUUGUAAAUAUUUCCUGAGAUAUCA